GGAUCCAGGUGUGCAAUGAGAUCCAGGGAUCCGAGUGUGCAACGGGAUCCGAGUGUGCCCUGGAACCCGAUUGUGCAAGGGGGCCCGGGCGUGCAAGGGGGCCGUGGCGCGGGCGCGGGGCCGGGCGUGCGGCGGGAGCUGAGUGUGCAACGGGACGUGGACAGCGGGCGCCGGGACGUGGACGUGGGCAUCCGCUGGGACAUGAGCGUGCAACGGGAGCUGAGUGUGCAACAGGAGAUGGACAUGGGAGCCCGGCGGGAUCUGAGCGUGCCGCGGGAGCUGAGCGUGCAACGGGAGCUGGACUUGGGCGUCCGGCGGGACCUGAGCGUGCCCCGGGAGCUGAGCGUGCAACGGAAGCUGAGCGUGCAACGGGAGGCGGAGGCGCAGAGGAGGCUGAGCGUGCAACAGGAGCUGGGCGUGCUCCGGGACGUGGAGAUCCAGAGGAAGCUGAGCGUGCAACAGGAGCUGGGCGUGCCGCGGCGGCUGGAGAUGGGCGUGCAAUGGGAGCCGGGCGUGCAACGGAGCGCGGAGAUGAGCGUGCAACGGGAGGCGGGCGCGGAGUGGGAGGCGGGCGUGCAGCAGGAGGUGGAGAUGAGCGUGCAACAGGAGCUGGGCGUGCAAGCGGCUCCGGGCGUGCGGUGGGACGUGGAGAUGGGCGUGCAACAGGAGCUGGGCGCGGGCGUGCAAGGACACGUGGGCGUGCAACGGGAGCCGUACGCGCCGCAGGACGUGGAGGCGAGCGUGCAAUGGGAGCCGGGCGUGCAAGGGGAGCUCCUGAGCGUGCAACAGGCGGCGGAGGCGGGCGUGCAACAGAACAUGAUUGUGCCGGAGGCGAUGAUCGUGCAAGAGGCGAUGAUUGUGCAACGAGACCUGAAUGUGCCGCAGGAGCCGGGCGUGCAAGAGGCCCCGAGUGUGCAACGGGACCCGCAGCCGGGCGUGCAAGAGCCCCUGGGCGUGCAAGGGGACGUGGGAGUGUGACCGGGCGUGCAAAGCGGGGGGUGGGUCCCCCUUCCGGGCCGGGCACGCGCGCGUGCGAGGCGCGCAGGCGCGGGCGGGGGUGACGGCGGCCCCGUGCACGCGCGCGUGCGAGGCUCGCACGCGGUCGCUCUCGCGUGCCCCUUGCACGCUCGCACGACUGUGACGCGCUCACGCGCGCUCCUUGCACGCUCACAGCCCCUCUUACCCCGCCCUUGCACACUCACUCGUCGCACUCAGCUGCCCCUUGCACACCCACACGCGCCCCUUGCACACUCACACCUCACUGCUCCCCCCCCUUGCACACCCACACGCGCCCCUCGCACACUCACGGGGCUCACGCUCACCCCCCGUCCCUUGCACACUCACUGCGGCCCCUUGCACACCCUCGCACACUCGCGUGCCACACGCUCA